AUGUCUCUAAGGUACGAAACCAAAGUUACUAUUUCGAAAGUUCCUCAAAAUAUUACUGAGGCAGGUUUAAAAUCUAUCUUUGAGAACUGCGAAAUUUCAAAUAUUGAACGCAAAGAAGGGAAAAUUAAUCUAACUCUAAAACAUUCUUUAAAAUUCGAAAAUCUAAGGCAAGAAGCAGUACGUAAAUUUAAAGAUAUCUUCAUUCAGCCAUGCAUUGACUAUUCGCGAAUUGCAAUCAUACUAAACAACGAUGGGAAGAUUCCUUUUAACAAAGUUAAGGAGUAUUUAAAGCGCGAUGAUGUUAUUUGGAUACUGAAUAAGAAAAAAAAGUAUUUAAUUUUAUUUGACAGCGAAAAUUCUCGUAAUUCAUUUUUAAACGAUCAAACAGAGAGGAGAAAGUAUAAUUUUGUCACGCAAGAUGAGUUAAAACUUAAUCAGGCCAUUUAUGACAUGCAAUACAAGAUUUUCAUUGACAACGUUCCACCUGAUAUUAAAAAGAACGAUAUACGUGAGAAGUUCUCUUCAAGUGGUAUCUUAAAAAUUAAACUUGAAGAUGGAAAAUGCAUUAUUAAAUACGAUGAUCAGGCGAUUGUUCGAAAUUUGCUUCAAAGUGGUCCUGUUACUGUUAAAGGGCAUGUUCUUGAUGUAUGCAUUCACGUUGACCCACAAGCAAUCAACGAUUUACAAGAUACUUCCAACUUUCACUUCAAAGAGUUUGAAUCACUAUUAACUGAUAACCCAACAUAUUUAAAGAAGAUUAAAUCCGAAAAUUUCAAUUACGAGCAAUUUCUGAAAAAUUAUUUUACAAGAAUAGGUAUCAUUGGUGACCUUAAUGCAUUUUUCAUACAAUUGUACAAUGAUACAUAUCCAAGACUUAAAAACGGUAUUUCUCUUUUUGAACAACUUUGCAAAUUUAAUGGUGAACAAACACACGAAUUAAUCACCUUCCAUUUGAAGAACGCUAAAAAUCCAGAAGAAAGGCUUAAUGCUUGUAAUGAAAUUUUCAGAGAAUUUUUAUCGAAUAAAAAUUAA